UGCGGCUAAUUCUGCAGGCACAUGGUGGGCAUAGAAGGGCAACCAUUUGUUGUCAAAAAGAAAAUAAGUGCUAGGGUUAUGCCAUGGUAUGAGCCGCGUCAAUAUAUUGAGGCAGAGUUUUGGAUAUUACCUGGACAGGGUGGGCUGAAGCUAGUAGUGCCAUCUGGUCAGUCCAGCUUGACCAGAUUGGCGAAACCGGAACAAGUGCCAUUUGCUAAUCCUUGUUAUUGGGAAUCACAUGAGGUGCAGAUCAUGCUAGGCGUGCAAGUGUUUGCAAAGUGUCUGAUUGGAUUAAUAGCCAGAAACUCAGAUAACACUACCAUGAUAGAAACGACGUUUGGUAUUGUUGUGCUUGGGCCAUACAUUGAGCCAAUGAACUAUGAGACCGGGACUGCUUUCUCCACUAUAGGUUGCAUUCGUCUUGAAGAGCUAGAUAAGAAAGUACAGCGAUUGUGGGAAAUGGAUCACGUCCGUGACUCACCCAUCCGAACAACGUAUUACCGGGAUGAUUUUGGACGCUUUGUUGUGACAAUCCCCAUAAAAAGUGCUAGUAGAUUAGGAAGCUCCCGCUCAAUUGCAUUAAAACAGUUUUUUCUAUUUGGAAAAGAGAUUAGCUAA